CAAAUAACAUAAUUAAUUUAAACAUUGGAUGUGAAAGUUUAGAUGUCGUUUAUAUAAGAACAAUUAAUGCUAAAUAUGAGAAUUAAUACAUAAAGCAAGACAACCAACAUGUGAAGUAAUAACAAAAAUAGAUGUAAUAAUAAUAAUAAAUAAUAAAAAUUAUAAAUGGGAAUCUUCAUGUUAGGCUGAAGGAGCGUCUUUGUCUCACUAAACAUCAAAUAAUCUUUUUGUCUCAGUUCCCAUAAAUUAAGGAUAAAUAAAGAAAAAAAAAAAAAAAAACAAUUGUAUAUUAGUAGCCGUUAGCGCCCGUCUCCAUUCAAAUUCGAAACCUGUUCUCAUUAACUUUCUCAGUUAUUUCUUAUCUGACACACGCCAACUUAGCUUCGUCUGAGAAAAAGAAAAAGAAAAACAAAUGCACAACCUCCGUCGAAAAUCUGGCCGUAAGCCUCUCCAGCCAAAGAAUUCACCUGCCACUCCGGUAACUGUAACCCAGAUUCAUAUUCUAAAGCCAAAGCAACAGUUGGUUGAGAUCUCAGUAGCUAACAAGGAGAACAACCCCAUCCAUGGAACACCGACAAAGCUCAUUAUUGAGCCGCUGGAUGCAUCGCUGGCUGAAGAACUGAGCGCCAUUAGGAAGAAGGCAGAGAGGCUGAAAUUAGAGAGAGAGAAAACUGAGGAAAUGCUGAAUGAGAGAGGGAGAAUGUUGGAUUUGAAAAUGAAAGAAAUGGAGGAGAGAUGUGAGAUCCAAAAGAGCCUUGAGAUUCAAGUUGAUAGACUCUUCAGAUUGAAGGAACUCCAGUUUUCUUCUAUGAAAAUUUCUCCGAUGCGAUCCCUGAGAGAAAAAGAACACGGGAAGAAUAGUUCUCAAGUCCAUUGGCAGGAUAUGAAAGGUAAGGGCAUGGAGGAAUCAACGACUGGAAGUGGAUUAGAAAGCCCCUGUUCAAGCUCCAGUUCAGUUUCCUCACAGCUUGUGGCAGUGAAAUGAUGUUUUCUGCACAAUUUUGACUUUUGUGGUUUGUGUUUUAUGAUUUUAAUUUGUCCUUUGUCCUUUGUUCUUCUCAUUCUACAGUAUUUCAUUGUAGAAUUUGGAAAAGCAAAUAAUAAUAAUAUACAGCAGGCUAGUAUCAGAAAUUCCAUAAUAGCUGCUACUUUGGAUCAUGAAAUGACAGAUCAUUUGGUUUUAUAUUCAAA